AUGUCAGACGAGCUGGAGGAAUUUUAUCCGAGCCCAAGUCAGGACCUCAAUAGUUUGACGCACAAACAAGCAUUGUUUUGUAUCAGUCGAAUGCUUGAGGUUCUUGUGGAGCUCCACGACCAAUAUGCGGCUGGUCUGCCGGAGAGCGAGCCCACUUCCCACCAUCCCUCUAUAUCCGAAUCACACGAGGAGGCAAAACAAAUUGCCGCUCAAUUGGAUACUAUACACAAAGCAACCACCGUCGAAAGUGAAGCUGUGAUUGAGGAGAACAUUGAUUCCGAACACGAGCAGCUGAUUGUUUUGUAUAAACGUUUUUGGCUCAAGCAGCCGCCGGGGAUUUCUAUUCGCAGUUAUUUGCAGCGAUUCGACCGGUACUGCCACCAUUCCGUGGCAACGUACCUCACUGCCGGUGCCUAUGUUUACCAUCUGUGUGUUGUACUCAAGAAACUGCCAUUGACGCGUCGCAAUGUUCACCGUAUUUUUUCCGCGGCGUUCGUGGUGGCCGCCAAGGUGGUGGAGGACAUUUUGUAUCCCUGGCAAAGAUAUGCCACAACUGCGGGCGUAUCUGCCGGGGAUAUGGGUCGUUUGGAAAUUGCUUUACUGUACUUGCUUGACUUUGGCGUCAAAAUUGAUCUUGAGCGCCUUGAGGAUGCGUUCGAAGACUGGACGAGGCUGGUUUUGGCGGUCUCAGCGUUGGCGUGA